AGGCUGUCAGGGUGACGAAACCCGGUGGUUGGGUUGAGGUCAUGGAGAAAGAUAUUUAUUGGCACAACGAAGGUCCCUUUUGCAAAGCCGCUCGUACUGCCGUUGCCGAAGCCUUGCGAGAAAACAAGGACAUGGAAAUCAUCGUGUCUCCUCUGUUAUCAAAAAUCCUAUCCUCUGUGCCCGACCUCGAGGAUGUAAAUCAUGAAGAUCGCAGCGUACCGUUCGGCGAAUGGGCAGGGAAACUGGGUAAAAUAUACAGGGAUCUGUACACCUGGGGUGCCAAGAAUUUGAAAAAAUUCAUGUCGAGCAUUGGGUUCAGUGAAGAGGAAUGGGACGACACCGUUGAUAUCUGUGUGAAGCAUUUGGUUGAACGGAAAG